AUGAAGCUAUAUCAAUAAGCUUCUAUCAUCAGUUCAUGGCACAGACAUUUUAUGGCUCUAAAGCUUUUUCUACUAGGAACCUUUGUUUUGCUCCUCUCUUUCCCCCGAAAAAUUUUCUGUUCGAUUUUGCUAAAGCUACAGCUUUUGAAGUUUCUAAGCAAUUCUGUUCAUCCCAUACUCAUUUUAAUUACUUCCUGGAUAACCCACGUAGCUUCAACUCCGAUUUGUAUUAUGCUUCUUUUAUUGAUCACUCCACCCACGAGGCACACUUAUGUCAAGUACAUGCCCAGUUACUCGUUUCGGGAUUGCAGUUUAGCGGCUUCUUGAUCACCAAAUUGCUUAAUGGAAGUUCAAAUCUUGGAGAAAUUUGUUAUGCACGUAAGGUGUUUGAUGAUUUUCCAUACCCAGAUGUGUUCUCGUGGAAUGCAAUUAUUAGGGGAUAUUCCCGGCACAAUCUGUGUGAUGAUGUUCUUGAAAUGUAUUCUAGGAUGCAGAUGGACUGGACGGGUCCAGAUUGCUUCACUUUUCCUCACGUUCUUAAAGCUUGCAGUGGACUUCGGGCAUUUGAAAUGGGUCGGCGAGUUCAUGGACAAAUAUUCAGGAAUGGUUUUGAAUCGGAUGUGUUCGUGCAGAAUGGUCUUGUUGACUUUUAUGCUAAAUGUGGAAAGGUUGAGCUUGCUAGGACUGUGUUUGAUGGGAUAUAUGAUAGAACAAUUGUAUCUUGGACUUCCAUUAUAUCUGGUUAUGCCCAGAAUGGUGAGCCUGUGGAAGCUUUGAGGGUUUUUGGUCAAAUGAGGAGAAUGAACGUUAAACCAGAUUGGAUUACUCUUGUGAGUGUUCUAAGGGCUUACUCUGAUUUGGAGGACUUGAAACAUGGGAAAGCUAUUUAUGGAUGUGUGGUUAAGUUGGGUCUUGAAUCAGAACCUGAUUUGCUCAUUUCUCUCACGGCCAUGUUCGCAAAAUGUGGGCAAGUGGAGGUUGCAAGAAGUUUUUUUGAUAUGAUGAAGGCACCAAAUUUGAUAUUGUGGAAUGCCAUGAUUUCCGGCUAUGCAAAAAAUGGUUAUGCUGACAAAGCUGUUGAAAUGUUCCGUGAAAUUAUUUUUAAGAACAUUGAAGUAGAUUCCAUCACAUUAAGAUCUGCUAUUUCAGCUUGUGCUCAAGUUGGGUCACUUGAACUAGCUAGAUGGAUGAGUGAUUAUAUUAGUAAGAGUGAGCACAGAGCUGAUAUAUUUGUGAAUACAGCCCUCAUUGAUAUGUACGUAAAAUGUGGAAGUGUAGACUUGGCGCGCUUAAUCUUUGAUAGGACUCGUAAGAAAGAUGUUGUGGUGUGGAGUGCCAUGAUUGUGGGGUACGGAUUGCAUGGGCGGGGUCGAGAAGCCAUUGAUCUUUACCAAGCAAUGGAGCAUGCUGGGGUUUGUCCCAAUGAUGUUACAUUCAUUGGGCUUCUCAUGGCAUGCAAUCAUUCAGGCCUUGUUAAAGAAGGGUGGCAGCUUUUUCAUCGCAUGAGAGAUUAUGGAAUUGAGCCACGGCACCAGCAUUAUGCUUGUGUGGUUGAUCUUCUUGGACGUGCUGGCUAUCUGGAUCAAGCUUAUGAUUUUAUUACCAAAAUGCCAAUUGAGCCUGGUGUAACAGUGUGGGGAGCACUUUUAAGUGCAUCCAAGAUCCAUCGCCACGUGAUGUUGGGAGAAUAUGCUGCCGAACAACUCUUCUUGCUAGACCCAUAUAACACAGGCCAUUAUGUUCAACUCUCAAAUCUCUAUGCUUCAGCUCGUUUGUGGGACCGUGUUGCAAAGGUGCGAGUGUUGAUGAAGGAGAAAGGAUUGAAUAAGGACCUGAGCUAUAGCAUGAUUGAAAUAAACGGAAAACUUCAGGCAUUUCGUGUGGGAGACAAGACACAUCCACAAUCUAAGGAGGUGUAUGAGGAGCUUGAAUCACUGGAGAGAAGGUUGAAGCAGGCUGGAUUUAUGCUGCAAACAGAUUCAUCCCUGCAUGAUUUGGACGAUGAAGAGACAGUGGAACAACUGUGCAAUCACAGUGAGAGGCUAGCAAUUGCUUAUGGGCUUAUAAGUACAGCUCCUGGAACUACACUAAGAAUAACAAAGAAUCUAAGGGCAUGUGUGAACUGCCACUCAGCUACCAAACUGAUAUCAAAGCUUGUGAACAGGGAGAUUGUUGUGAGAGAUGCAAACCGCUUUCAUCAUUUUACGGAUGGAGUAUGUUCUUGUGGAGAUUACUGGUGAGAAGGCUGGCUAGUCCUUGCCUAUGAUCUUGUUGAUUAGCAUCUUUGUCUGAUUGUCCUCGUUUUGUAGCUUUUUUCUGUACGGUUACUGUAUAAAAGAAAGUGAGUUACAAAGUUCCAUCUUUGUAGGAUUCUUGAUAAGCAGAGAUCACAAAAUAUUUUGUAUUAUAGUCACCAAGGGGUUAUAAAACUACUCAAAACUGAUGAAGAAUAGUCUUUAUUGACAUAAACUCAAGAUCUUAACUGCUAAUUUUGGUUCAGUUGUUGGUCAUUCUUCCCAAGCAUAUUUAACUGCCAGUUUCUUCUUCCCUGCUAUGUACAAUCUACUUCAUGUGGUAAGACUCUUAAUAAUUUUCUAUGAUGAUCACAUUUACUUCAAUUAUCCCUUCUUCCUUCACAAACUGAUCCUUUUAAAGAACUGUGUUUUUUCACAUUGAUUUCAUGAGGAUGUGGAAUGGAAUAUUUUUCUGUGCUUCUUUAAGUCCUCAUUUUAACUUCUUUUAAUACAUUUCCAAGCAAGUGUUCGAACAAAAUAUCAGAAGUUAGUGACUUAUACAUUUAAAAUAAAAUGAAGCUUUAUGCAAACAUGAGAUUUUACCAGAGUUGGAGAAUCCCCAUCUUCUCAAGGCCUCCACUGCUGUCAAAGAGUUUAGAUUAGCUUGGUAGAGUGAUUGCCUCUUGUUUUAUUUUUUGGUGGUGCGAUUACUUUUUUGUAUAUUUUAUAAGUCCUCUGACAAAUGAGCAGCCAUGGGUUAUCAUCCCAUCGUGCAAUCAAGGUUGCAGAACUUUUCUAUCAAAACGACGGGUAGAUUGGCUUAGAUGAAUGGUCAAGAUAUCUAGGAACAUUGGACAUGCCUUGUCUCAGUUUGUAUGUAUAAUUGGAUCAGUCUGCAUGUCAAGGCUUUGGCAU